AUAAGGAAAUCAGCGCAAGGGCAGCCACCCAGUCGUCGAACAAUUUCAAAGGCGAUGACGGCGACGGACGAGUCUCCGAAGAGCUCGCUGGCGUGCCCGGUGGUGUCGGCGACCGUGGUGGUGGAGCAGCUGGGCGCCGAGGGGAGCGUGCUGCGCGCGGCGCGCCACCCCUCGGCCAGCCUCUCGCUCUGCCGCACGGAGCGGCGCGAGCUGGCCCUGCUGCUCGACUCGCCGGCGCGACCGCAGGUCAAGGUGCUCCUGCGUGACGUCAGCCUGCACCGGCGCUUCCUGCGCGAGGGCAAGGCCACUGUGGUAGUGCGCGGUCAGCACGUGCGCCUGCUCGUCUCGAACGCGCCGCCCGCCCAGCUGCUCGCCUUCCUGCGCGUGCUGUCGGCCAAGCUGGCGCUGCAGGCACCGCUGGCUGCCCGUGACCCCAACGUGCCGCCGCCAGCGCGGUCCGCGAAGCGACCGUCCGCCGGCCCCCAGAGUCAGGCGAAGAGACCAUCAAAGGAGAUGACAAUGAGCCAGUACCUAAACCCUCUCCCUAUGACGAAGGAACAACGAUCUGUCCUGGAGGUGGCCACGAGCAACCGCAACAUCUUCUUCACAGGCGGCGCCGGCACCGGCAAGUCGUUCCUCCUGCAGCGCAUCAUCGCCGCACUGCCGCCCGACUCCACCUGGGUGACAGCGAGCACGGGCGCGGCCGCGUGUCAGGUGCAGGGCGUGACGCUGCACGCGUUCGCCGGCCUGGGCCGCGCCGCCGGCUCGCUCGAGCAGUGCGUUCAGCUGGCGUCGCGGCCGGCCGCGCUGCAGCAGUGGCGACGCUGCCGCCACCUCGUCAUCGACGAGAUCUCCAUGGUCGACGCCGAUUUCUUCCAGAAGCUGGAGUCGGUGGCGCGGCAGGUGCGGGGCAACGACAGCCCGUUCGGUGGCAUUCAGUUGGUGCUGUGCGGCGACUUCCUGCAGCUGCCGCCCGUGCUGCGCGGCGGCGGCGGCGGUCGGUUCUGUUUCGAGUCGGAGGCGUGGAGCCGGUGCGUGGAUGUGACGAUGGAGCUGCGCGAGAUCCACCGGCAGGACGACCCCGAGUUCAUCCGCAUCCUGCGAAACGUCCGCGUCGGCCGGUGCAGCGAGGAGGACGCCCGGCGCCUCUCGGCCACGGCCAAGAACACCAUGAAUCUGCCGGAGGGGAUCGCGGCCACCCGGCUCUGCACGCACCGGGCCGACGUGGACCAGAUCAACGCCCACCAGCUGAACGCCCUCACCGGCCGGCUGCGGGAGUACUGCGCCGAGGACUCCCGACUGCGGCCCGGCGCCCAGGUGAUGCUUACCAAGAACCUGGACGUGCGCGCCGGGCUCGUCAACGGCGCCCGAGGCGUGGUGGUCGGCUUUCGCGGCGGCGGGCGAGGGCUGCCGGAGGUGCAAUUCGCGUGCGGAGUGCGGCGUGUGCUGCCCGCCGAGCGGUGGACGGCCCGAUCGAGCGGCGCCAGCCCGCUGAGCCGACGCCAGCUGCCGCUGCGUCUCGCCUGGGCGUUCUCCGUCCACAAAUCUCAGGGAAUGACGCUAGACUGCGUGGAGAUGACGCUGUCUCGCUCGUUCGAGCCGGGACAGGCGUACGUGGCGCUCUCGCGCGCCAGGAACCUGCGUUCUCUGCGCGUGCUCGACUUCACGCCCGCAUGUGUGCGGGCCCACCCGGCUGUGCUGCGCUUCUACGCGGGACUCCAGACCAGCUGA